GCUUUACGGGAUCGGAGCGAGUCGAUUCCAUCAGAGUUGGUCGGUAAGCGAUAUGCUUAGCUACCCAAUCGACGAUGUCAAUUGCUCAAGUCCGAGUCUGGUCCAGAAUCAAGGAGAAAUACCUAGUUAUUAAGACUGCUGUAAAUAAAAACGUCAAUUUUGUUAACAAUUGUGUUUUGACUACUACUGUCUUAUCGUACUGCUUAUCCCCACCAUCUUCAUAGAGAACGAGAAACCGGUAAACGAUGAUGGAAUUUACCUGUAACUAACGGUUACAUGGGACGCGAUGAUGCCGAUGCUAGAAAGCAGCUAGCUCUGCCACUAGCAGCCUGAUUGUAUCGCGGUACAUCUAGCCUCGGCCGGUUCCGUCGUACCACCAAUGUAGACCCUACAAACUCAAGGAUCUGUCAAUUUACGAGACUCCAAGAUGACUUCUGAGGCAAGCAGUAAUAUGGACAGCAGCACGGGGGCCCACAUCGGAUCCACCCAGCGUCCUACAGCCAAGUACAGUAAGCUGACCAACAGUCUCCGUGUUCUGACUACCGGUUCCAUGCAAUGCUCUAUGUUCUGUGGUGGCAAAGGUUGCAAGUAUGACAACCCUUCCAAGUGGAGCGAGGAUCAGAUGGCAAUAAAAGGACUCUUUUCUCAUUGGGUGACCAAGAGAAUUCUUGCCAUGUCCAGACCAUCAACAGAAGCUGUGAAAAAAUAUGAUAUCAUCAAUCAAUUCAAGGAACAUGGAAUAAAGGCAGUAAUAAAUCUUCAGACAAAAGGAGAGCAUGCUCAUUGUGGGCUAGGUUUAGAGCCAGGAGGGUUCUCUUAUGAUCAAGAGGAAUUCAUGGAAAAUGACAUUUUCUUCUACAACUUUGGAUGGGAUGACUACGGGGUUAAAUCCUUGACCUUUAUACUGGACAUGGUCAAAGUCAUGACAUUUGCAGUAAAGGAAGGAAAGGUUGGUGUUCAUUGCCAUGCUGGUCUAGGUAGAACAGGGGUCUUGAUUGCAUGUUACUUGAUAUAUGCUAAGAGAUUUGAUGGAGAUCAUGCAAUCCACUUUGUGAGAGAAAAGAGGCCAGGUUCCAUUCAGACAAAGGGGCAGGUAGAAUGUUGUCAACAAUUCGCCCAGUUUCUCAUUCCUCUUCGAGUGGUGUUUUCAUUAUGUGAUCCAUGCUCUUUUCCAUUCACAUUGCAACAGUUCAUAAACAGACAGAAACAUCUCCUCCACGGCGCUGAGAGCAGAGAAAUGAAGCAUAUACCAAAGAUCAUCAAGAUUGUAUGUGUGCGUCUACAUCAGCUUGCCAAUAUCAGAGAUGUCCACUCGACAUGCAGCUUGGGCAGGUCAGACAGCUCGGACACACUGAAGAAGUUCACUCCAGGAGUGUUCAAAGACACACGACGUUCCACCGAGGAGAAUCUUCUCAAAGAGGAGAAAGAGAGGAGAAGAUUGAGUCUUCAGCUGUUGAGUGAUAACAAUGGGCUGAGUGCUUCUGCUGCAGAGGCAUACAGCACGGUCCCACCAGGGAGAAAGAGCCCAAAUUUAGACUUAAGGAAGCUGCAUCUGAACGACGGCUCCACUGUGUCGAGUUCAGAGGAUGAUGCAAUGUCGAUUGGAAAGGCUCAGAGACUGAAGACGAGCCACUCUGAGGAUUCGUUAGGAGCAUCACAUCUAUCGAGACUAAGGAUUAGUGCUUCUCUGUUGAAUAAUCCUUCCUUAAUGAACAUGCAAGAGGAUGGUGAUGUGGAAAUGGUUGCAGAUGCUAUGGGUUUUGAUACCAGAGGAAGAGGAGAGGACGGGGAUGAUGAUGAGGAGGAGGAUGAGCAGGAAGAUGUAGGAGAAGAGGGCGGAGUUGCUGCUGCUUUACGGAAUCUAAAGCAGAGAGUCGAGUCAUUACAGCAUAAUUUGAACCAGAGUCAGUCGGCCUGGAAGAUAGUAGCGACAGAAGAAGAUCCAUUUGUGCUUGCUGCCCUCAUGUGGUCAUGGCUGGAACAUCUCAAGGAACCAGUUUUGCAGGGAAAAGAUGUAGAGAAGCUGGUUGAAUACUCUGGAGACUUGCUGAAAUCUCUAAAUUUGCUUGAAAAGUAUCAGAAGUUAACCCUUGAUUGCCUCCUGAAGACGAUUGCAGGCCUAAGACCAGUCUCUAACGAUGUAGAAGAAAGGCUUGUGCAUCGCUUCAUAGCAGCCAUCACCCAUAGACAUCAUCAACACGACAACAAAGAUUUGCUGCAAUUUGUUAACGGGUACAUCAGUGCAUUACGAUCAACCAUGCCCUCAGUGAAGGCCAGAGGUAAUGCGAAUCCAAGCUCUUCUUCUAAGCCACCCGAGAUGAAAGACUUUGUGCCGGAAAAGAAGAAAGUGGCGAUGGAGGAGAAGAAGAAAGCAAAAGGAAAGAAGAAGAAAGAAAAGUCACCGAGGAGGGAGGAGGUAGUUGUCAAGAAACGGGAGAAAGAGAAUGACCAGGGAUCUUCAGAUGAUGAAGAACCUUUCAAGAUCACAGUUCCGAAGAAAAGGGGGAGUGCUUUGCCUCCCAUCUUCUGAUCUCUCCUUCAGGUCACUGUUCCGCUUGUCUUUCAUUAAUAUGAACAUUACACAGAGAGCUGAUACAAGAACAACUGCUACGUUUAUGCUUCUUCGCCAGUUUUACAUUCCAGGAGUGGUAUGAGAAUUAUGAAAUGAAUUUUGUGAUAAUUGUGUUCUUUAAGAACUUAUUUAUUCCUUCAUCCUUCUACCGGUAUAUUCUUUUGGAUGUUAGGUCAGGCUCUCAUACCCCUCCCCUUUCUGUAGAUUCCUUCUGUAUUUGCUCAUUUGUAUUAUUUAUUCUUCUCUUUUUAUGGCAUUUCUUACGUUUAAAAAAGAGAACUACUCCCGUUGAGAGUCACAAUUUUCACAAUAAAUAGUUUUGCUUAAUUUCAUUAUGUUUUACACCUACAUGUAUUAAGAGGGGUAUAACGCAUGAUCACAAAACAUUACAAAUGUUUUGAUUUUUUUUGUUUUUGUCAAUCCAUUAUACUACAUAUUGUUUCACAGCUCUGUACUUUUGAUAAUGUCAAAUAUAUUAAAAAACAAAUUAAAACUUUAUAGGCUUGUCGUUCAAAUAUUUUUAACUUAUGGUUCACUUGCUAGUUACAGAUCAAAUGGAUAAUCGUUAAUCCUGUUUUGUAUUUUUUUAAUUGGGGAAAUUGAGAGAUUUAUUGAGAUCGCCAAAUGCAAUGGGACAUAACAAAGCAAGAAAAUGUUGACAUUCCGUCCAGGCUUUCCAAUGGACUUGAUGAAGGACAUCUUUAGAAAGUAUUAUUUUUAAUGAUCCUGCAAAGUAACCCUUCUUUUGGAAGCGUGUUGCUGUCUGUAUGAAAAUGUGCGUUGACGUGAUAUUUCAAAGGCCGAGGCAUCCCAAAACGGGUACAAACAUGAGCAGUACUUACGAGGCAAUAUCAGUUCAAAUGCUCACAACUAAAUGAAUUCUUCGCUCGUUUUCGAGAACUCCAUUUUGUCAUCUUGGAUAAACCUUUUUUUUUGUGUUGUUCAUCUAGGCUGAUACUCCUGUAUAAAUUUGGGGAGUUGUUCAAAGAUUUAAACAAACUACGACUUCUCUCGAAAUUGUGGAUUGCUGAUAUAUAUAUAUAUAUAUAUAUAUGUAUGGUCAGACAUUUUUUAAGACCAUGUAGUUUAUGGUACUUAUUGAUAAUUGUGACUUUUUAAAAAUUUCCAUGUCAGAGUUGUAUUUUAGAGAUUUAAUAUUUUCAUAGAUUAAUGUCAUUUUGCCAAACUGCCAAGUCAUGUUGAAAAUGUCAUUUUUUUUUACAGAUUAUUUUUUGUUAAAACAAAGUGACUCCUCUUGAAGAUUCAUGUAAUGAGUACUUUUCUUUAAUAAUGAAGAUUAUCUGGCCCUACUCUCGGCAAUUUUUUAGAAAUCUUCCCACUGUAACCUUGCUCUUUGAGAGUCAUGAGGACGUUAAAGUGGGUUGUUGUGUUUUUGGUCACAGUGGCUUUUUCGAGGCAUUUUUUCACAUUGUGAGUAAACAACGCUUUACAUUAAUAAAUACAUGUAGUUGUAUCUUUUGAUAAAUUUUCUACCAUGUGAGGAAAUGUACGUUAUGUAGUCCUUAUUUGUAGUUCCACAUGUAGUUUAUUAUCCAAACAUGCCAUCAACACAAUUACUACUCUUUUUUUUUGUAAGUCAUCAACAGAUAUUAAAUUUGUAUUUAUGACUUUAUUAUACUUUUAUGAUACAUUUAUAUGAUAUAAAUCCACAUCUAAUUUGGUUCACUGUCAUGCAUUUAUAAAGUGCGAUAUUGUGUCGGUAAAAUCAUUUGCAUCGCACUCUUUAUAUUAUUUUUAGAAAAGACAUACCUAACUAAGAUUGGUAUGCUUUAUUUGAUGCAGUUUACAAAGAACGAGUACAAAGUAUUCUAGAAAUAUUAAUGACAAAGAUAUGUUUGUAUUCAUCGAGAUAGCAACGAGGCUCGUUUUGGUAUUGCCAUUCAGAAAUUUUAACAUGACGGAGGAAGAACAGUGCAAUGAGAAAAAAAAAAAAUAAUAUAUAUGACAAACUAAAAUGUGUUCUAAUUCAACAUUGAUAUUUUUGUAUUAUAUAUAUAUAUGUAGUGUAUUUAUAUUUAAAAGUGAUACCACACAACUUCUUUCUUUUUGACCUCAGAUUUUAAAUCGGGGAAGGGGAUCAAUAUGCAGGUAUUUCACAAUGUAAAUUGAUCCGAGCUUUGACAACUUUUAGAGAAUGAUUUUCUCUUUUAUGAGCAAAGUUGAGGAUUGCCAACUUCUUUAAUAGACUAUUCCAUGAUGGUAAAUUUCUAAUAAGACUAAACUUAUGAAAAGUUUAGUAGAGAAACAUGGGAAAUGAAUGUACAAGGUUAUGGUCAAGGCUGAAUUUAACUUCCCCAGAACUCUGUUUAAAAAACAUGUGAAUUCAGAAGAUCACGUUUUGUAAUUCUCUGUAUUCAGUCUUCUCAGAAACAUUGGAUCAAAUUCUUGUAGAUAUCUUAUACCUCGGUCACACUGUCCACCUUAUUCCAUACCAACUCCAAACUGACCAAUUAUUGCUCAUUCCUAGUAAUGUAAUAGUGUAUUCUGUUUGUUGUCGUCUUGUUGGUGUGACUGAGGUUUAUCUAUUGUGCAUUUGGUUACCAUGUCUACAGUCUUUGUCUUCAUGUGUAUUCAAAAUGCAUGCUCAAAUCUCAAUCAGAAAAGUACCCCAAAUCAUGUUUAAAUUGUCUCAGAAUGAAUUGCUGUAUGAUCAAACACAUAGAGAUGAGGUACUGGUACACAGAUUUUUUUUUGCAAGUGAAGUUUCAGCAUUACACAAAACAUUGUUCUUGGCUCAUAUUAAUCCUGAUAACUGAACUUUAAAGACAGUGUCAUGCACAUCAUGCUGAUUAGACUCUGUGCCUUCAUAUAGAAUAUUGGGUACUAGUAAAUAUAUGUAGAACAUUGGGUGACAUUCUAAUUGAAUUGACAUUAUUUUAAGGAUGAUUUAUGUAUAUUUUAUAAGAUUUUUUGUUGUCUUUCCUAUGUUAACAUAUUCUGUGGUAGUAAAUUAACAAGUUUUAUUGUAGAAAAAAAUUCUAGAUUAUUUGGCUGAAUUUUGUGCUGUGUUAAAUAAAAAUGUAAUUUUAUUAAUAUUGAUAUUAAGAAAUAUAAUGAAAUAUCAUUAUA